CGCUACCAAUACGUAUCGGUAUCUAAAUACCGUACUCCGAACUACUGUACUUUGUUUAUCUUCUUCUGAUGUGUGGUACCAAAUGCGAGUACAAACGGGAUGUAAAAAUAAAAAAAUUCUGAACCUACGUACCAAAUUCUACCAUAGAGUACGAGUAGUUUCAAUUUCUGAAGACAGUAAAACAGUGGAUCCCUCCGUCCAUUCUUCAUCCGCACAACGCCAUGAUGMUGCAUCUCCCUCGACAGUCGAUAUUGAUACUGUUCUUUGUCACGCUUCGACAAGCCAGUUCAAAACUAGAGUGCGAACUUUACAUUGCAGAAAGCACUAUACCGAAUGCGGGGAUAGGUAUAUUUUCUGGGGUUGCUAAAUCGAAAGAUGAGUUGGUAGGRAAUGGUGAUAAAGCGAUUCCAUUGAUCGACGUUCAUUGGCACAAUGCUGUUUAUGAUCACGACRUACACUUCAUCGAUCCGAUGGCSGAUUACGUCUGGGAUGGAAGUGMUAUGGGGAUGGGRCUCGAAACCUCUGACCAUAGCGGUGUCUCUGCCUUCUGGCCGGGCAUCGAUGCCAUGAUCAAUUGUCAUGCUGGGCUACUAAACGUGGAGAAAGCCACGCCGAAUUACGACGAAGGCGACAUUCACAGGUCGAAGCAUCCAGGAGCUGGUUCUAUGUCACCAUACAAUGCAGAUGARAGCAUCGUGAUACGGGAUAUUCCUGCCGGUGGAGAGCUCUUUAAGGACUAUGGGAACGAUUGGUUCACGGGUCGGCCGCAUUUGGGUCAGAUCCCUCUUUCGUCCGACUAUUACGASUUGCUUGAUUUGAUGCUGGAGAUGGGGAUUAUGCUCGAAAAUGAUGCGGAGAAAAAAAUCUUAGCGUCGGAAAUGUAUGAGGAAUUGAUCAAAGAGUUCAAGAUAAUAUGGGAUUCAAGGACGCUGAAUGCUAUGUAUGACUUUCCUUGGCGUGAUAUGACGGAAGCCAUUGAACUCGAUGACAUGGGGUUUCUCUUACAGCCGAACGCAACUCGUUCCAUCAACUGGCUAAACGAAAAUGGAAGGUGCAUUGACCACAUCGUACACAAAAAACACUCGACUAUCGACGGAGCAGGGUAAGUCAGACACAACAUGACUUUAGCAAAGGCUAAGGCGUCAUCUAGCAUUUCUUCGUCGAACCACCGGACCGAAUUCUUAUAUAAUCCAUUAUUUUUUAGUUCGGGAGCAUUUGCGAAGCGUGAUCUGCCCAAAAAUACCAUUAUUACGGGGACGCCUUUGCUUGUUUUCCCCGACAUGACAUGGUUUGAUAUGUACGAGUCUCGGGUCUGUCCAGACGGAAUAACCGAGGUCCCAAAGCAAACAAGUGGUCCGAUUCAGCAGCAGCUCGUACUAAAUUAUUGCUUCAGUCACUCCGAAUCAACAGUUGUUUUAUGCCCGGUAAGUUACAUGAUCAACUCUGUUGUGGAUAAYAUGAAAAUAAAGAGUCCAAUGCUMAGUGAUUUGCAACUGUUAUGUGWCCGAUUUGUCKUAGUACGGGUCGGGAGUGAAUUAUAUAAAUCACAACCAGACRAAAGCAAACGUUAAAAUUCAAUGGGCAAAAAACGGUUCCAUGUUCCAUAGCGAUGAAUCUUUCACGACAAGGCCAGAGGACUUGGCGGUUAGCGAUGCCAAGGUGUUUUUCGAUUAUGUGGCCAUUCGCGACAUUUCCGAGGGGGAGGAACURUUCUUGGACUACGGCAAUGMUUGGGAACACAAAUGGAACGAAUUUGUCAGAAACUGGGAGUCGGACCGCGAUACCUCUUCAGAGACGUACGUAUCCGCUUCGGAAUACAAUGCGCGAUAUGGGAAGGACCGUCUACGGACAGUAGAUGAACAGCUCCUGAGGCCGUACCCGGAYAAUUUGUCCACGAGAUGCCAUUCGAUUGUAGAGGAAAGCCAUMGAGUCUUUUCGGGAAAUAUAUCGUUGCUUUCCGAUUGGUUUAAUUGGGAAGGAGACAAUUCGGGUUACGCAUGUGACAUYUUGAAACGCCAUCCAAAAGAUGGUUCCUAUUGGGUAAAUAUUAAGACAGAGAAUACUGUUUCGAAACAGGUUUCCAAUGUUCCUCGAGAAGCCAUCAAGUUUGCGGACAUUCCGUAUUGUAAGUCGUACAUUAUCCUCGCAGGAUAGGAAUUGUUGCCGAUUWGUCUACUCACGAUCACUUUUUGAACAAACGAAAUUGUAUACUGAUCUUUUCAUCGUAAUGCCCUGUCUCUUGGCAAACCGUCUGGUACGAUCUUGGGAUCCAUAGCAACUGAUAUACACAUGCAUGGUGCCUUUCGACAGCCCGCUGGAAUUCCCGACGACAUGCUUCCCGAUGCUUGGAGGCGAAGUAUCGACGAUGAAUAUGAAAAAAGCCGUUGCCCAUCCGAAGACCCAACCUGCCAAACGAUAGAGACGCACGAAACCUUGUCUGCUUUAUGCGACACAUUUUUUACUGAGGAMGAGAUGGAAAGUCAGACUUACAGGAACACAAAGACUCAGACCGUCCGGAAACCUAGGGGCGUGUAAUGUAUUUGAGGGUGAAGCAAUUCAGUCAGCGCUUGGCUUCAGUUUUGUCUGAGCCAUUGCGUGUCUUUAUUUACCGCUUGAACUCCCAGCUCUGUGUGAUAUUUACUAGAUUCAAGAAUAGAGAGCAGUAGCGCAUCAAGAAAUAUUCCCAAAUUAUCAAGAAUAAAUUAUUCUUCUAAUU